GGAAGCAUCCCCGGGAGAGAACCGGGGAGGGGAGAGCUGGGGGGGGGCCCGGUGAGCACCGCCCGCUCGGGGCGGUCCCGGUCUCCCCCCCCCUUCUCCCGGGAGGGGAUAAAAAGCGGGGUUGGCGGCGGGGCUGGGGGGAGCCGGGCAGGAUGAGCGCGGCCCCGGGCACCUCCCGCGCCCCCCAGGCGCUGCUCCGCUUCCCCGACGGGGCGGGAGGACCCGCAGGGGGAAAAGCAGCGGCGGCGGCGGCGGCGGCGGCGGUGGGGGGGGAAAACCGGUCCCCGGGACCCCCGGGGGGGCCACGGAAGAGGCGGCGAACCACAUUCAGCCGGGGGCAGCUGUGGGAGCUGGAGCGAGCCUUCGCCGCCGUGCCCUACCCGGACAUCGCCACCCGGGAGCGCCUGGCUGAGCUCACGCAGCUGCCCGAGGCCAAGAUCCAGGUCUGGUUCCAGAAUCGCCGUGCCCGCAGGAUUCGCAGCGCCAAACCGGAGCCGCCACCGUCACCGCCCGGGGAGCAGGACCUGCCCGCGGUGCCCCCCGACGGCACCGUCCCCGUCGUCCCUGUCCCUGUCCCUGCAUUGCCAGCACCCCACAGCCCCGCUCGGGGCCUCCCUACCUCGCUGGGCUCCAUCUCCGACCUCAUCUACAGCGCGGCCAUCACCAACCUGGGCGAGCCGUAGCCACAGCGGGGUUUUCGGCCCCUAUUUGAUGAGGGUGCCGGUGGAUUUCCCCGUAUCGGAUAUUACAGCGUGCUGCCACAGGGGCUUAGCUGCCAUCGAGCACUAAUCGCCGUGUCCCACCCCGGCGUUCUGCCCGCCUGCCAGGUGUUUGCAUCCCCCCGGGGUCCGGCUGUGCCCCCUCCUCGCCACGAGGACCUGGUGGGUUCCACGAGCAGGGUCUUUCACCCUCAGAGGGGGAUCUGGGCAAUUUUUGGCACCCCCAGGUGCAGGAGAGGCGACGUGGCAGCCCCCAAUGUGAUUCUUUUCCCGUGUGAGGGCUCGGUACGAGCUCCACGGAGGGGCUGCCUGUUUGCUGAGUGUUUGGGGACAAGGCCAAGCUGGGUGCUGACCCCACAGGACCCGAUCUACGUGGAGGGGGAAAGCGCCCGUCACCAAAUGUAGGCAGGGGCAGGUCAAAAGUGAGUAACGAGUGAGUAACGAGUGAGUAACGCACUCCUUAAAGUGUGUAGGGGACCAGGUGGGAGCAGGGAGGACAGGCAGAGCGAGGGCACCGCGUCCUGCAGGAGGGAGCACGAU